AUGAAGCUCUCUUCGGUUUUCGCCUUGGGCUCCAUCUUUGGCUCUAUUGUCUCUGCCUACAACGUUGAUGUUAUCACUGCCUUUUUCAGCGAUUUGGAACAGUAUGGUGAUGACUACCUCACCUACAUCAAUGGCGGUUCAGCUACCAUUCCUGCCGAUGUCUUAAGCUACUACUACUCUGCUCGUACUUUACAAGGUGAAGACUUAACCUCAGCUUUAGAGGGGUUCCCAACAAAUGAUUUUGUUACUUUUGUCACCCAAUUAGACUGGAGAAGCAGAAUCUACACUGAAAACAUCGUUGCAACUGUUACCUUAGGCGCUCCAGCUCCCCUAACCUACACCUACUAUUCAGCCGAUGGUGAAGGUUCUACUGCCACUCUUACUUUGACUGGUGAAGAAGCUACUGUUGCUUCUGCUCGUGAUGCUGGUAUCACUGUUGUCACCAGAACUAAUGUUGAAGUCGAAACUUUGACUGGUGCUUAUGCUAUCACCACUUUGGAAACUGAUGAUGAAGGUUCAACCUCAACUGUCGUCAAUCUUUUGGGCGGUGCUUUUUAUUUAACUCAAUCCGAUGGCUCGGUUGAAACUUUAACUGGCGCUGAAGCAACUAGUGCCUCUCUUUCUGUUGCCUCUGAAAGAGCUAUUGCUGCCUCUAUUGCUGCUUCUGAAGCUUCUGAAGCUUCUGAAGCUUCCGUCGCUUCUGUUCAAUCCGAAGCAUCUGUUGCCUCUGUUCAAUCUGAAGCCUCUGCCACUCCAGCUGAUACUGCAUCUGCUGAAACAUCUGCUACUGGCACCGCUACUGCUCAAACUAGUGCAGCUGCAAUUACUGAUGAUGAUGAUGAUGACUCCACAAGCGCUGGUGACAGAG